AUGCAUAUCAAGACAGCAUUAUUAUUGAUCACUGGGGCAAUUGCUGCCACAGCUUCACAAAGCUGGUGCGGCGAGGUGCCAGCCCAGCGAUCGUAUAUGUAUGUUGGAGGACAAUAUACUCUGAAUAGCGCUGGCCAGCAUGUCUUCGCGAAUCAGAUGUAUGUGGAAAAACUGACCCCAACCGCGGGUGUGACCAAACCGUAUCCAAUUAUCUUCAUCCAUGGACAAGCUCAAACAGGCACAAAUUGGCUCAACAAGCCUGAUGGAGGGGAAGGCUGGGCCUCUUACUUUCUCUCUCAAGGAUAUGCAUGCUAUAUCCUCGACCAAACCUUCCGCGGCCGCAGUGCCUGGUUCCCUGGCAAUGGGACGCUGAGCGUGUAUAGCGCUGAGCUGUUGCAGCAGCGCUUCACCGCAUCACAGCUAUACAACCUCUGGCCGCAGGCGUCCCUGCACACCCAAUGGAACGGAACGGGCGUCAUGGGUGACCCGAUCUUCGACGCUUACUAUGCUUCAACGGUCGAGUUCCUUAAUUCAGCCACUUACCAGCAGUCGACCGUCCAGGCCGCCGGCGCCGCCCUGCUCGACCACAUUGGAUCCCCAGUCAUCCUCCUCUCCCACUCCCAGGGCGGGCUAAUGCCCUGGCUCAUUGCGGAUGUGCGCCCGAAGCUCGUCCACUCCAUCGUCUCAAUCGAACCCACAGGCCCUCCCUUCCAGGAGGCCGUGUUCAGCAACAUCUCCGCGCGCCCCUACGGGCUUACCGAUAUCCCCCUCACCUUCUUGCCUGCCGUGACCAAUCCGGUCACUGACCUUGUGAAGCAGGUGAUUCCUUCAAAUUCGUCCCUGUAUUCCGACUGCGUUGUCCAGGCCGAUUCCCCCGCACCGAGGCAGCUCGUCAACCUCGCCCAUGUGCCGGUCCUGGUCUUGACGACCGAAUCGUCUUACCAUGCGCCGUAUGACUGGUGCACAGUCAAGUUCUUGCAACAGGCAGGCGUGCCGGCGCAACAUCUGCAAUUGGCGGAUAUCGGCAUCCACGGAAAUGGGCAUAUGGUGUUCAUGGAGAAGAAUAGUUUGCAAGUUGCAGCUGUUUUGAAGCAGUGGAUAGAGCGUACGUGA